AUGUUCGCAACAACAGGUAGAUUGUAUCAAACGCUGCGUGUGCACCCUUCGCACAGAGCGCUGCAGUCUGUUCGGAAACGGGUGCGUUCCAGGGGGCAGUGUCCGCUGCGCAGCGCUCGCCUGCAGCACGUUCGGGGCCAUGGCCGUUCCAGCAACGAUGGCGUUUCCGAGGCACGCGAUUCCGCCAUCGAGCACAUAACGGAUACACGUUCUGAAACGUCGCGCAGCGCUGCAGUUGGGGCUAGAGUUGUCUGGCCGCUGGGGUCACCACCGCAGAUCGGUGGAGGUUUCGGUCCUGUGAUUUCCGUUGACGAUAUGGUUCGAACGCUUACCUACUCGAGCGACCCGGUUUGGGAACUCGUUCGACGAGAGGCAGAGAUAGGGGCUGCAAACGAGCCGCAGCUUGCGAGCUCGCUAUACGCAACGGUACUUAACCACCGAUGCUUGGAGGAUACGCUGGCUUUUCAUCUGGCGAAUGAGCUUGCUUCACCGUUCUUUCAGGCAACCCAAUACGUGAAGCUUUUUCGUGACGCACUUUAUCAAGACAAGUCGUAUAGGGAGGCGAUACGUGCGGAUCUUCUCGCUGUUGUGCGCCGCGAUCCCGCUAUGAAACACUGUGUAGCGGUGCUCAUGUAUAGCAAGGGCUAUGCUGCGUUGCAGGCCUAUCGACUGGCACACCUGCUCUGGCGCCAGGAUCGCAAAGUUCUGGCACUCUUUCUUCAGAGCGAGAUCUCAAAGUGUUUCGCGGUCGAUAUUCACCCCGCAGCGCGGAUCGGAAGUGGUGUUAUGAUCGACCACGCGACAGGCAUUGUUAUUGGCGAAACCGCUGUUGUGGGCAAUGAUGUGUCGAUGCUGCACAACGUCACGCUUGGUGGAACCGGCAAAGAGGCUGGCGAUCGUCAUCCUAAAGUCGGCCGUGGCGUGCUUUUGGGUGCUGGUGCGACGGUUCUAGGGAAUAUUCGCAUCGGCGAUGGAGCUCAAAUCACGGCCAGUUCGGUGGUACUCAAGGACGUGCCGCCGUACACGAUUGUCAGCGGGGUCCCUGCUCGAGAGGUCGGCAAACUAUCGUACCCCAAAGGCGUCUAUCCCGCCUUUGAAAUGGACCAGCGUGCAGCGACUGCAGCGCGCGUUCACAGUACUAAUCGAGCUCGGCAGCAUGCGGAGGACUCGAAUAGUUCCACGGAUUGGUAUCUGGGCGAUGCGAUCUGA